CUCUAUGGUCAAAGUUUGACUCUUCUUCUCCGAAAGUUCGAACGAGGUAGUGGUAGCCUAAACCAGAAGCCAAUGACCUUAAUUCUAAGAGCUAAGACUCGGCAUUUGCUUUCAAUCAGCGUUGGCACCAGUCAACUCAACCCACCGGAAACUGACUUCAAAUCCCAGAAUCUGACACACAUGCCGAGCACCGAGCUCUUUCUUCUGCCCGUAAAAUGACGUCCACCCUACCCGCGGUAGAAUCAAUCAACCGCUCAUUAUCCGAAAUCUGCUCCGCCGACGAAAGCUGCUACUCGUGGGAAAACCCUAGGCGGUUCUCGGGCUACGCCAAGCGACUUCAGCUGGUUCUCAACCAGUUGCUCAGAUUUUUGUCGCCGGAUAACCUCCCGCCGUCGGUGCAGACAUCGCUGAAGGGAAUCGCUGGAGAUCUGACGGAGGUCGUUGAGGCGUUGUCCGUGUACAGGAACAAGAGCAAGAUCUUCGUGCUAAUCAACUGCCAGUCACUGCGCGCAUCUCUCCAGCAGCGUACUAUAGCAAUCGGAGGAUGGAUGGCCUUGCUCGAGUCUUCCCUCCACGACAUUCCCGAUCUUCGCAAGAAGGUCGCUGAUCUCUCCAAAGAUAUGAAGCAAAUUCAAUUCAGAGUGACGGAUAAUGAAGAGAGAGUGUACUGUACACUGCAGAAAGAAGGGCAAGGAAGAAUAAACAGCAAAGCAGUACAGACUGCUAUAAUCAUGGAUUUAGCUCGAGCUCUCGGAAUUGACUCUAAUAAUCACUCAGAGUUAUUGGAACAGGUAAAGCUCUUAAAGAACGAUUUGUCACACUCGAGUUCAGUUUCAGAGAGGCGAAUUUUGACUUCACUUGAGAGAAUUAUGGCCAACUGGUCAACUGAACCUGACAUUUUGAUUCAAAACUUGGUUCUUGAUUGGGAUGAUGAUGUGCACAUUUCGCCAUUCAAGACUUUCCUAUGCCCAUUGACUAAGGAAGUAAUGAAGGAUCCUGUGGUUUUGGAGUCUUCACAAACCUAUGAGCGAAUUGCCAUUAAGUACUGGUUUGAUAGAUGUGAAGAGGAUGGUCGCGAUCCAACUUGUCCUGUUACUGGACAGGUUCUAAAUUCUUUGGAGCUGAAACCUAACAUUGGAUUGGCCGGAGCAAUUGAAGAGUGGGUCAAUAGGAAUAUUGAUAUUCAGAUUAAGUCGGCUGCACAGUGUCUUAAUGAGGAGGAUCCUCCUCCUGUUGAUGGCAUGGAACGAGUUUUGGAUAAUAUUUAUAAAAUUUCAGAAGAGCAUCCCUCUAGCAGAUACAGAGUGAGGAGUGCUGGUAUAGUUCUUCUCAUUGUUAAAUUGCUUAGGAACUCUUCAAAGAAAAUAGGAUCACAUUUGAGAAGCAAAGCUCUUAUGGCCUUGCUUAGCAUGGCCAAGGAUGAAGAGAGUAAGAAUAUCAUGCUUGAGGAGGGAAUCACUAGAUUGGCUAUACAUAGUCUUACUGGGAGCUUAGAGAAAGAGAGGGAGUUUGCUGUGAAGUUAAUACUUGAAUUCUCAAGCGACGAAACUUAUUGUAAAAAAAUUGCUUCAGAAAAAGGCGCAUUAGUUCUACUUUCAAGCUUGGCCGGAAAUCUGGAGUAUCCUGCUGUAUCUAAUUUAGCUGAGGAGGUCUUAAAGAUGAUGGAGAGGGUGGAGGACAACAUCCAGCAUUUAGCUGCAGCAGGGAGAUUUGAACCUUUACUUAGCCGGUUAUGUGAAGGUUCUGACGAUAUUAAAAUCAAGAUGGCAUCUUUAGUGGGGAGAAUGACCUUGACAAAUAACAGUAAAGAACAAAUUGCUCGCCAAAGUGCUAGAGUACUCGUUGAAUUGCUAUAUAAGCCAGAAGGAAGAGCACCGAGCUUGCAAGCUUUGUAUAACCUUUCAUCCUUGGACGACAAUGCAACGAUCCUCGUAGAUUCUGCUGUGUUUCCAGCCCUUACAGAUAUUCUUUUUGAAAACCAGGAUGCAUCACGGGGUUGGGAGCUGAAGGAAUUGGCUGCAUCAACAAUUGCAAACAUUGUGUCAAAUCCCGGACACUGGGAAUUAGCAUCUGCUGACAAAGGAAGGCACUCAAUGCAAUCAGAGUCAAUUGUUUUUAGUCUUUUGGGGCUUUUAUUUCGUGCAUCUCCUCAAUGCCAAGUGUCUAUUCUCCAGAUUCUAUAUGGAAUUGCAUCCUCUCCCCAGGCAUCAGAGUCAGUUACCACCCAUAUAAAAUCUGGAGAUGGUUUCAAAAUCAUCAUACCAUUUCUUGAACACCCAGAAGUUGAGCACAGAAUUAAUGCUUUUAGGCUUACAAGAGUCCUCUCAGAAAGGUUUGGUGAUGAUCUAGCUAAUGAGUUGAAAACCUCCAACAAGCUUUCCUUUUUUAAAGACAAAUUAUUAGAUAAUCAAUCAACAGAUGCUGAGAGAUCUGAUGCUGCUUGCAUACUUGCAAACCUUACCCUCUCAGAAGAUGAAGUCAAAUCAGUUCAAGGAGCUGGAUUUGUGAGAUGGACGGUUACUACUCUCAAAGACAAGUGCCGAGCCUCUAGUGGAAGGACUUCUCGGUCUGCAUCAAGCAUGGUGGAAGGGCUUCUUGGCCUCCUACUGCACUUUACAAGGAGCACUGAUCCACAAACUGUUAGUGUUGUUAACGAGAAUCAGCUCAUGAUAGUCUUUCGUGAGGCACUUGUUUUAACUUCAAAACCAAGAGUUAAACAGCUAGCUGUCCUUGGCUUGAAAAACCUAUCAGAGACCGGAAGGACACUUAUUGCUGGCAGUGACUCAGAAUUACAGCCUCCCCAUGGGUUCUGCUCUUCGUUGGUGUUCAUGUGUGGGAGGGGUCCUCCGGCACCUCCCACAUGUCCUGUACACAACGCCCCAUGUGAAGAAAACAGUCAGUUCUGCUUGUUGAAGAGCAAUUCCAUUAAACCCCUGGUUGAUCUUCUCUCAGAUGAGGACACCAAUGUUCAAAUCGUUGCACUGGAGGCACUUUCCACUCUAGUAAUAGAUACUAAUAAUGAUUUCAAACGAGCGGUAGACAAGCUCGAACAGCUUGGCGUAGUUGAUGCUGCGAUCACGCUCUUCUCCAAUGCUCGACCAGGGGAACUUCAAGAAAGGGCAAUCUGGAUGUUAGAGAGGAUGCUGAGAGCGGAAAGCGUCACCAAUAAACACUCACUGAAUCAGUCUUUGGUUAGGGCUCUGGUGGAAGCCUUGAAGCAUGGAAAUGCUGCCACAAAGAGGCUUUCUCAAGAAGCUCUUACCAACCUAAAGCAGAUAUCAGGAAUUAGUGGGAAGACAUCAAGUCAAACUCAAGGAAGGAGAUAGGUACCUUAAAAAACGAUUAACCAAGGCAAAAUUCCAUUUAUGAGAAGAAUGGUCAAUAAGCUCGGCAACAGUAGAGAUGAGAAUCUCAUUGCUCAAAUUCCCCUUAGUGUCAUAGGAGGAGCAGAUCUCAAGGUGUGGGGUGCCUCUCAAGAUGGCAAGUUUUCUGUCAAGAGUGCCUACAAGGUAGCUCUUUCUCUCCUUCAGUCAAAGUCUUGUUCAUUCCCAAUAGAGAGCUGUAGUUUUGAUGCCAGUAGAGGGGAUAUGUGGAAAAGUAUAUGGAAAAUCCAUGCUCACAGGAAAAUAAUUCUUUUUUUGUGGCAAAGUCUCCAUAACAGACUGGUAGUAAACUCUCAGCUUCACAUUCGUGGGGCGUCUGAAGUUUCUUUUUGUCCGGUUUGUGAGAGUUUGGUUGAAACGGUGGAUCAUCUCCUUUGCAAUUACCCAUUUGCCUGCUUGGUAUGGAAGCUUAUCCCCCUUCAUGUGGAUUUCAGUGGUCAUCAGCCUUCCUUUAUGUGACGGUUGGGUGAAGUCUGAUGCUCCUGGUGAUUGCACUAGCUUGGCGGCAUUCAUUUGCUGGACCACUUGGAAGUGUCGUAAUGACCUUGUGUUAAAAGAGUAAAAAGCACCUUCCUUUUGAUGCGGCCCAAACAGCUCUUAGUGCUUUCCAUGAAUUUUUGGAGGUGUCUCGGCAGCACCAGCUGCUUUCCAUUGUUCCUGUCCCGCCUUCUCCAUCUGCGAGGUGGUGGUCUGUGCUGGAGUCUGGUUGUCUGAAACUUAACUUUGAUGCGGUGUUAAUAGUUCCCGUAGGACUUGUGGAGGUGGCAUGAUUUUAAGGAACCAUCUUGGUCAGUCUAUUAAGGUGGCAUCCGUGUUCCUUGAGAAUGUUUGUGAUCCUUUGCUUGCUGAAUGUUUUUAUUCUGAGAGAAGCAUUGGUGCUCCUUAAAGCUUGGGGUUCUCACCAUGUGGUCAUUGAAGGAGACUGCCAAUCAGUUAUGAGGCUUCAGGUCUCGAGUGUCGCUCAGCUGAUGGUUUUCAACGAUAUUGCCUUGCUUAUAAAGGAUUGUGUCAGUUCGUCUCUUACUUGGGUUCUUCGUAAAGGAAAUGGUGUAAUUCAUUUAUUGAGCAAGAAGGCUCUCGAAGCCGAAUGUUGUGAUCCGAAGUGGAGUAUUUGGCCCCCUGGUUGUUACAUGCUCUACUUCAUGAAUGUAUCUUUCUUGUUGGUUUAAAAAAAAAAAAAAAAAACACUUAAAUUUGGGAUGAUUUAUUUAAAUUUUGAAUGAAAGUAACUUAACAAUUGAAGUCAACAUGGAACAAGAAAGACAGUGGAAAAAGGAAAAGAAAAGAAGGGAAAGGGAAUGGGAUGUGAAGGAUGUCAUGUUGUUAGAGAUUAUGUACAAAGAAUCACAAAGAUAUUAUGUUUGUUUGAACUAAUUUUCUUUAAUUUAAAUUCCAUUAUGUUUACUUUUAAUCAACUCAACUAGGUGUCGGAAAAUCUUGAAAACUGGUUGGAAAUUCUGGAAAAAAAGAAAGAAAGAAAAAAAAAAAAAAAGAACUGGUGGGAAAUUUUCUUGUACUCAUGGUCCUCCACGUUGGAUGGUAAAUUUCCUACUGAUAAACAUAGGAUAUGAAACUUCUUUUCAAAUAUGUGGUUUGUCUCUUGAAAUGAUACCAAAAAAUUCCAAUAACAGAGAAGACAGAAUUGGUCUGGAAAGACUCACUGACCUUGCACUAGCCGGCCGGUCCCCGGUCCACACUGUCGUCCCCUUGACACAAUGUCACCAUGUACAGAGACACUAUAUAUACACUCUGUAUCCACCAUAGAGAUAUAUAUAUGUGUGUGUGUGUGUGUAUAAAGUCCAAUGUCAGCAUCUUCGUCUUCCCACACCCCAAAACCAAUAAGAAUAUUGUCAGGUCACUGACACAUAACCAGAGAGCUCACAGCCCCUCGUGCCACACAAUGUACAUUCUAAAUUCUGUUAAUUAUUAUGGAAUGAGUAUACAAUGGGAAGAAAUUUAUUACUCCCCGUCUUUUAAAAAAAAAAAAAAAAAAAAAGACGUGGCUUUUGAAAAACUAUGACAUCUUUUACAUUUCUCCAGAAGCGACAUCCUUUAUAGAAUAGAAAUAGUAUAAUUUGACCAAGGUUCAUCUAAAUUAAUUACUCAUAAAUGCUUAAAGGCA